GCAAAAGCUUAGCACCUUUCCAGCAAAUCCUUGAUACCCAGCUGGAUCCUUAUAUCAAGUCAUGGCCCUCCUAGAUGAUCCCCAAUCCGAAGCGAAAAUCCCAGUAUCAUGACCAGUGGAAUCAAGCAUUAGCUUCCCAGACGAGGAAGAGUAGAGUCCUGACAGUCAUCAAAAUCAUUCCUUGAACACCCAUCCCUUUCAACCCGCGACCUUCCAGAGAGUCCUAAUAAGGCCAAGACCCCGAAUCAGAAGUAAAGCCGACGCUUCCAGCAAAAGCAGAUUGACGAGUGGACUUCGAGCCUCUGCCGAGCCCACCUACAGGAUUUGUGGACUCCCGCUCCAUUCAAUGCCCUAAGUGGAACGUCUAGCAGUUCGUCUGGGAUGCUUGACAGGGCACACCUCGACGAUGGUUUGGUACAGCGAGUGCUAAUCGUCAUUCACAAACUCCCAAAUAUGCCUAUCUGUGGGCUUGGUGGGUUGGGCAGGUUUAUGUAAAUGCUCUUUCCUUCCCCUUUCCUGUUACGUAUCUCUCGUUCAAUUGCAACCUUUACUCAGAGGAAUUUCUUUAUUUCUUCUCGAUUCUUGGAGAAGGCAUUUAGUAGUGUCCAUAAUUGAUAAUCGUGAUUAUUUAUUCAAUUGGAAAUGAAAUGGCUCCACAUAGCGACCAGAAGUCUUUGGACAAGGAAAAUGCUCCGGUUCCAAGCCGUGAGCUAGAACGUGGAACUGUCAAAUCAGAAAAUCCCAUAUCUCCAGCUCGAGACGAAGAUACGACACUGGCGAUGUUCGAACUUGUGAAGGCAAAAGAUGUGCAUCAUCCUAUGCAUUGGCCAGCCUGGAAACGAUGGGGAAUUAUUAUCAUCUACUGUUGGCUCCAGGUCUUUGUUACUUUGACUAGUACAACAUAUCUUGGCGCAGAGGGGUUGAUACAGGAGAAAUGGGGAGGAAGCACACAAGUUGUCACCCUCGGUCAAAGUCUAUUUAUCGUCGGUAAUGCGGUCGGCCCAGCUUUCAUGGGUCCUCUCUCGGAUAUCGGUGGUCGCAAAUGGGUCUAUGUUGGGAGCAUCGCUUGCUAUGCAAUUCUGAACCUCGGUACUGCUUAUGCCCGCAAUCUACCCAUGCUGGUUAUCUUCAUGUUUCUCAGUGGCAUCGCCGGAUCGACUGCUCUCUCGAAUGUAGCUGGUACAAUUGCGGAUUUGUUUGGCGAUGUCGACCGCGCAGGUCAAGCAAUGGCCCUUUUUGUUGUUAGCGCCAACGUCGGGCCUUCCAUUGGAUCACCUGUCGGGGGCUGGAUCACCAAUAACACCUCUCUUGAUCUCAAAUGGAUAUUCCUCAUCAACGUUAUAAUCGGCUUUGGAUUCGCAGUCGUUAUGUGUUUUGUCCCGGAAACUCUCCCUCGAGUGGUCAUUGCCAAGGCCGCUUCUAAAGCUCAAGAUGUUGAUUCUGAUGAGAAAGCUAUUCUGACAAGCAGAGUUAAUGUUUGGAAAGAGUUCCGGUUCGUCACUACGAUGACUUUCCGCAUCAUGCUGAGCGAGCCAAUUGUGCUCUGCCUGGGAAUAUACAAUGGAUUCGCAUAUGGUAUCUUGUUCUUGUAUCUGGAUGGAGUCUUUGACGUCUUUGUCAUCAACAACGGGCUGUUUAUCAUCUCCGCGGAUCUCACAUACCUGAACUUCGUCGUCGGUGUUCUAAUCAUGUUCUGCUUCAUCCCAGUCCAGACCUGGUUCUACACCCGCGACAGGAAGAAGCAUGGCACCAACCGUCCAGAAGCGCAAUUCCUCGUGUCACUCGUGACAGUCUGGCUAUUCCCUGUCACACUUCUCUGGUUUGCAUUCACGAGCGAUGGCAAGACAUGAUACUGGUCUCCAAUAGUGGCUGGUGGCGUGCUGGGCUUCGCCGAUCCCCUGCUUUGGCUCAGUAUGCUCAACUACAUUACUGAUUCAUAUCCGAAUGUAGCAGGCUCUGCCAUCGCUGCUUUCUUGAUUCCUUCAUUCCUGAUGGCAGCUGGACUCGCUCAUUUGGGCGUGCUCAUGUUUGAGAAUAUGUCUACGAAAUGGGCUGUGGCUACGAUUGGGUUCAUAUCAUUUGGUUUAUGUGCUCUGAUAUACUUUGUUUAUUUCUUUGGAGCUAGGAUCAGGUUGAGGAGCAGGCUUGCCAGGACAUUUCGAGACAGUGGCGGUGGGCUUGGAAAUUGAUUCAACAUAUGUGAUGGAAAUUUCUGACGUUUUGAUACCACAGGUACAAUGGAUAUUGUACAAUAAAAGAAGGUCGCUAUCGAGAGGGCCCAGCCAUGAUUGAAAUAAUAUUCGCAGGUUUGAAGAAGCGUCAAGUCAACUAGCACCCCAUUUCACUACAAACAGAUCUUACG